GGAUCUGGAAAGUCAAUUUAGUAUAAUUUUUGUAGUAAGUAUAUAAUUAUAAAAAAGUGUAACGGCAGCCCUGUGGGUCGGUCGGCGGCGCGGAGUGGCGCGCGGAGUGGCGCGCGGAGUGGCGCGGUGUGCCGCGGCGUGCGGCGGCAGUCGAGUGCGGGCGCGCGGCGAGCGAUGUUGUGUCGCCGUAGUGAGUGUGUCGCGUGGCGCUCGCGGCCGCGCGACUCGUGACGCCGUCGCCGGCAUGUGAUGUUCCGGAGGCGCGCGUUGCGUCGCCGGCUCGCGUCGGCCGGCGCGCCCUCCCUGCCCGACGAGCAGCUGCGGCGGCUGGCGCGCGCGCUGGACGCAGGGGCCGCCGGCGCCGAGUGCGUGCCAGCUGCGCGCGCCGCCUCCCAGCUGCGACUCGCCGUCACCCGCGCCUUCAGGUUCCCGGAGCUGCGCGACCUCACUGAGCUGCGCCGGCUGCCGCUCUGCGAAGACCACCAGUGCUGCAACCCGUACCACUGGAGCCGCCUCUGCAAGCCCGGUACGGCCUCGGCAACAAAAACCCCUCCACCACCAUACAGUCGGUACGCGAUGGAUGACCUCAAACCUAAAGAACACGGAGAUAGUACUAAAGAUGCGCGGAGAACGGACCACGAGCGGCUUGGCACGGGCUCCCUGGCUACUGACGGCGAAGAGCGUCAAAGCUGGGAGACGGAAUGGUGCAGAUUAGCAUACUGGGAGUUGACGCAGCGCGUGGGCCGGCAGUUCGGGGUUCGAGUCCGCGCGGUGGACGUGUUCGGCGGGGGCGGCGGCGCGUGCGGCUCCGGCCGGCACGGGCUGUGUCUUGACGCGCUUGAGAACAGGGACGCGCCGCAGGCUGAACAGGUGCGAAAAACGCGUGCAAAGAUCGGACUGGGCGUGACUCUGUCGCUAGAGUCUGACGGCGUGUGGCUGUACAACCGCAGCCAGGAGCCGGUGUUCGUGAGCUCGCCGGCGCUGGACGCGGCCGCCGCCAAGGCGCUGCUGGUGUGGCGCGUGGCCCCCGGGCACUGCCUGUGCAUCUUCGACCCCGCGUGCCCCCCGCCGGCCGUGUCGCUCCCGCACAUCGGGCCCGUGGACCCGCGCUCCGUCCGCAUUUCCUUCGCCAAGGGCUGGGGCCCCAAAUACUCUCGCAGGGACGUGACGGCGUGCCCCUGCUGGCUCGAGGUGUUGCUCGCGCCUCCGAGCUGACGCAAAUAGAGUGUCUCCUCAUGCUAUUUGUUUCUGAGAUUCGCCCAGUGAUUUUCAUUCAAGUACAAAGAGAUCGCGACCAAUAAAUAUGUAUAUAUUUAAUUUAUUUCUUCUCAUUGACAAAUAGCUGCAUUUGGACUAUGGAUACGGACCAUUACGAGUGAAGUGUACUUUUGUAUGAACUUUAAGUGCAAUUUUUAUUUUGGGUCUUAAUGCGUGUACGCUGUUGGCGAACAAAUAGUUCUUAUAUGUUCUUUUUACACGUAUAUAUUAGUAUUUAAUUAUUCUGUGGUUUAUUCUUGUGGCUGCCAGUUGACACGCAGUAAGGCGACCAAUGAGCACUGUCUAACGGGACCCAAUGCUUUGGGCCAACAAUCCAUGUUAAUGGAUUUUUAUUGUUAUUUUAUUUUGUUAUAUUUUUAUGGAGAAUCAUUGAAAAUAUACAAUAACGUGGCAUUUUUAAUUGUAUAUGUCGUAAUUUUAUGAAUUAGACCUUUUCCUUUAAAGCAAAAUUCCUAAUAAUAAAAGUCAAUCAUAAAUGUAAAUUAACUAGUUAAAAUGUACGGAAAAGGUAAGAAAAUAUAACACAAAUAUUUAAGAGAAAAUAACAGAGCCAAAUCGGCUUAUGCAAUUAAAAAUAUCACAGGGGGGCUGACCCCCAACAGUCACAUUAGACUGUAAGUACCACAAGUGUAAAUAUUCCAGUUGAUAAAUUCUAUUCAUUUAUAUUUAUUGAGGCCUUGUUCAUCUGAAGGUUUUGCGGUUUCAGAAAGGACAAUACAUUCUUCCUAAAGGACAGGCUCAGGGCUAGUCACAUCAUCACUCAUUUAUGGACGUUGGCAGCAACUGUUCUUCAUUUAAAUCGCCAAUAUAGAAAAGUAUAAAAAGAUAAUAUGUACUUAUGUCAUAGCGCUUUUUCUUUUUUCAUUACAAAUUCUUGUUAGCUUUUAACUAUCACAAAAACAGUUUUAAGUUAUAUUAUGCACGCCUAAUAUGACUCAUAGUUAAAAAAAAAUAACACAAACCAUAAAUUUUCUUCUUUUAAAAAUUAUUUUUGUUAUUUAGGCGACUUUUACAUUCAUAAAUUCAUUUUAAUUAGCAACUCGCUCAGAUUGGAGCCAGCCAAUUUAGUUGUGGAGUGCUCGUCCCCAGAGCCCAGAGUCCGCCCCUGGACCGCGAGGCCUUCAGUUGUUCCUGUUCUCAACAGUUUCAGACAGAAAUAUCUCAAUUCUACCAUAUGCUUACAUGGUAUUAUUGAAUCUUUAUCUAUGAAAUAUAACCAGCUAGCCUGUUUUACAGGUUUACAAGUCCAAACACGUGUCAUUCAUAAUAGUUUUGUCUGAAGCUAGUGCGAACGCUGUGCCGCGGUAGUCAAGCGAUUAAUUUGUACAUAUUUGUAUAUAUUUGUAUAGUGGUCGGCUUUAAGAAACCCUGAGACUGUAUAUAUACAAAUUCUGUGUAAUAUAUGUGUAAUACACUAUUUAUAAUGCCUUAACUCUAGCAUAUAAUUUAGUGUAACCACGAUUUUUUGUACAAAAUGUUUUAUUUGACAAGGAGUUUAUUGCGAGAUGUGGAAACAGGCUGUGUGGAAAGCAUUUCAGAAUCCAUGUGGACCGAACGUCCAUUUUAUUUUAUUGAAAAAAGAUCUGCCGUGAACUGAUCGUGCAAUGUUGUAAACAGAUUCUAUGUGCCUUGCGUUGUAUUCAAUAUAUACGGGACUUGUGGGUGAGUGUGUCGCUCUCUCGCGUCGGUUCAGACCUAGUGUGUAUCCCAUGCUAGUAUGAACAUAUAGAGCUAUACAGUCACUAGCAAGUCCGUAACUCAACCUUGAUUAGGGUAAAGCAGUCAAUUUCACUGGCCUAUACGUAUCUAUAGUUAUACAAAUGUAUAUAGAAGCUCGAAUUUAUGGGUGUAUCGCUUGCAAGUGACUUGACAAUAAAGAAUCUAGUCUGUAAUGCUUGUUAUCCCGGGCUGGUGGGACCGGGGGUACCACAUCAAUACACAAUCCGUGUACAAAUGCUUUUAUAUUACAAAAAUAUCGCCUCAAUUCUGUAUUGCAAUAGGUGUUGUUUUACUUAUAAACUUUAACGUAAAUUAAAUAAAGGAAAUUAUAGUAUACUCCAAUGCGAACGGUCACAUUUUCCAAAAGGAACAUAUACAUACUACUAAUAUGCAUAAAUACUGUCUGCAAAUCGUUCCAACGUAAAUUAGUCACUAGUUUACUCCAUUCUAUACCUCAUUCUGCGUGAUAUGAAAUAGGCAUCGCUAAUUUGUCACUGUGAGUUAAAGACCAUACUUGUAUAUUUAAAAAUGAAAGCGUAUUAAAAUACUUUAUUCUAAGCAAUUGUAAUAAUAGACUGUCAUAUGAAACAUGGAUGUUUUCCACAGUGUAAUAUAGAAUUGAGGCACAGGAAGCGCGUACGUCACACCCCCGAAUAUUUUCAAGGCAGCUUAUCACAAUACGAAGGCAUUGUACAAACGUGCAGUCACAAAUCACUCCAGCAUCAUUAUACAGUUUAGUCAUCGCAUUAGACUGACGUAGUUAAUGUUGCGGCGUUUUAUUAACACUGAUUUCAUUUCGAGACUAAAGUCCUGUUGCUAUGUGCAUGACUUUAACACGAGCGCAGUGCCACGCUGUACUUAAUAUAAUUCUACUGGUUAUGAGUAGAGUUUUUUAAACACAAUUGUUUGAGUUUGGACCACUCAUGAUGUCUGAUGCUAUUUAGUAUUUCAUACAGAUUUCAUUACAUAUUGCUCCUCGCAUUAUUCAAUUAUAAAAAUAAAUAUUUAAUUAUUUAUGGAAAAGGACUAGAAAUCAGUGUUAUUAAAACGUCUGCAUGAAUAUAAGAAGUCUUAAUAAUGUAGAUAGCAAUUUGUCCCUGAAUCGCCGAUUUAUUGUUAAGUUGUGUCUGACUGAUGAUGGACGAUAGCAUUAUGAUAAAUUAUAAAUAAACAAA